CGCUUUUUGUGUCACUUUUUCAUCGCCUGCGAUUGACUUGGCGAAUGAGGUGAUUAUUUUCACUCAUUUUCAGACUCCCGUGCCGGGGUUUUCCAUUCCUUUUUUCUUUUUUGUAUAAAAAGGUAGUCCACCAAAAACUCACCCCAGGAACCUUUGUUUUAUUACCUGUCUUUUUCAUCCCCCACUCUCUAUUUCAUUAUCAAUCAUCAUGGAACAUAUUGAUUCUGCCAAGUUGUAUGCCGAUGGUGGCUACCGCUUUGAAUACGUUGCCAAGUUUAUGGAUUUCGGUGAGGCUGAUAUCAACGCUAUCAAGUCCGUUGCCGAAAAGGUCCGUCCUCUUAUUCCUGUCGUGGUCGAUGCUGUGUACAACAAGUUGUUCCAGUACGAUGUGACCAAGAAGCAUUUCCUUCCCAAGAAUGAAGGUUUCGAAGGUGAGGUCGCCACUUCGUUGGAAGACUUGACCUUGGAACAUCCUCAGAUCAAAUUCCGUAAGGAUUUCCUGUCAAAAUAUUUGAACAAGCUUUUGGAUGGCCCCUAUGAUGAUCGCUUCCUUCGUUACCUUGACUGGGUCGCCAAGAUCCACACCGAUACUCCUACCAAGAAAUCCAAGAUCAAUGUCGAUUAUAUCCACAUCAAUGCACUGAUGGGCUUUGUCGAAACCACAUUGGUCGGUGGUUUGUUGUCUCUCAACUUGGAUCGUGAAACCGAAGGUGCCGCUUUGGGUGCUUUCAACAAGCUUCUCUGGAUCCAAAACGAUUACUUUGCCAAAUACUACUGCAAUCCUGUCCUUGCUGCUCCCACCGCGGAGGCAAAGAAGUGCUGUGCCAAGCUCUGUGACAACCCUAUCAUCCCUGUAAUUGUUGGUGCUUUGGCUGGUGGCUUGGGUGUUUGGUUCUCCAUGCAACGCAAGUAAAACCCCUUCAUCAUUUGCCCAUUUACUUUAUUUUCUUUUUUUUCCCUGGGUCUCUCUUCUCUAUUUUAUUUCUGUAAAUACGACUGUAAUUGAUAACUCAAAAUUAACAAUUAAAAAUUUAUUGUUUAACAAUUUGAAUGAAAAAAAAA